AUGGAAUUUCUCACAGUCGAAUUUCUUGGUAGACAACAAAAGUUUAUCAUCAAUUGUCGCGCCGAAGGUAUGACAUAUAGUCAAACUAAGCUUGCAUGGGAGGAAGAAUACCCAGAUCUCGGAACUUUAACAUCCAAUCUCAUUGCUACUGCACUUAAAAGAGCUGCAUUAGGUCUAUACUGGGAAAAAGGGAAUCAUGGCGGUGCAGAUCCAUACCUAUGCGAGCGUGAUCAGCUCACUUUAAAAGAAAUUAUCGAAGAUUCUGCUUACAAAGGUGAAGCUCUAGAAGCAACUGACAUUAUUGACGAGGCGUUCAAGUUGAAAGAGCUCAGAAUAGAUUAUGGUUACAGAUUCCUUCUUGAGAUUAAUUGUCCUACUCUUGCAGAAGAAGUUAUCAAUACUCUUGGUGGUGAUGAUGUAUCGAGACCUUAUGUUAACCAUAUUUUACAGCAAUUGCAUUGCAAGCUUAAGGCAUGCCAAGAGAUUGAAGAAUCAAGAUACAUGGCGUGUGAACCAAGAAUUAUCGAAGAAUUCUACGAUAAACAUCGUGAAACAAUCGAAAGUACUCCAGAGGAGUUGAUUUUUAGUAUCGAUGAAACAUUCAUAAACAAAUUUAAGAAGAAGAAAGUUGCAUUACCUGAGGAGAUAGAGCAUAUGAUCGCCAAAGGAAUUCCAAACUUUCCGCACAUUACAGCUUUAUGCGGAUGCUCAAUGACAGGCAAAUCUGUCCCACCUCUCUUUGUUCUCCCAUGUAUUGCAGAACUACCUAGAGAACUGAAAGUAUUCCAGCGCGAAAGACAUUGUUGGUUUACUUCUACGCCAAAAGGCUGGGUGAACAGAAGUGUAUUCUUAUUGUAUUGCAUUUUCUUCAUCGAGUGGCUUAACUUUGAACGCCAGAGAAUGCCAGAAGAUAUACGUGACAAGCCUGCUCUCAUUGUGUGUGAUGUUAAGAAUUACAGCAACAGUAAGAGGAUUUCCAAUAUUUUUAUCUGGUUUCUCAAUAUCAAUUCCGAAUGA